AUGGAGAAAGAUUAUCAGGCGUUAAUGAAGACGGAAGAAAGAACCACAAGAGAACUGAGGCAAACAUUAGGUUAUGAAGAAAAGCUUGAGAAAGAAUCCUUGAUAAUGGCAGAAUCAAGUUUUGACCCGCGUUUUAUCAUGGAAAAGACGCAAGACAGAGAAAAAACCAUGCAAAAAGUUAGAAUCUUGGAGAAUGAGAUUCAGGAACGUUCCACUUCCCCCAAUUCUGAAACUAUGAAAAAAGUGAUUUUGAUGUUAAAUGUUGGAUACUCAAAUGGAAUAACUUUGUCUGCUACAGUGAUAUAUGUGAUAUGGUUUCAAGAACUUAGAGCAAUGUCUCAUAUUUUGGCAAUCCUAUUACAUGGCAUUUCAUCUUGUCAGCUAUACUUAUCGUCACCGACUUAUCGCCUAGUUGGCAAGGGAAAAGUGCACAACACUUUGGGAGAUUUACUUCACCAUAGACCGCUCCCGGAUGGACACCUUAAAGUAUCGGUUGAUGUUGUAUUAGAUAAGGAUGCGUUGCUACCGAUACCUGACAUUGUUUCAGAGACAACAUUGCUGCGAGAUGCAAUAGGAUCAUUUGUUGCAUGGCCCUUGGAUCUCAUUUUCAUUGAUGAUGAGACGCCUACAAAACCCGCAUCUAAGGAUAAAGGGAUUUUGCGGCACAACGAGUCUGUUGCAUCACAAAAAGAGGUAUUUGCUCAAGGGUCACAACAACUGAGCCAGAAAAUUGGUAGUCGACAGAAAAACAAAAGGGAUCUUCCAGUGACUUAUUUGCCAAAAAAAGGUGCUUUUGUGCCUCGAUACCAGAUAUCUCUUGAAACACUUGUUGACUCAUCAGAUAUUGCAACAGCUGGUGCUAUUCGCUUACUAGAUAUGGAGGAAGAUAUCUUUGGUUAUUCAUGCACUGAAACAAUCGGAAAAGAAGAUCUGGAACAUAUUUUUCGGCAUCAAGAAUUAGGCGUCGGUGUUAUACACACAUACAUCCGGUAA